UUUUGGUUUGCGCACUUCCUUCCUAGCGGCGGUAAAAUGUAUGCUGGAACUAUUUUACAGAGUCAGACGCAUCUCAUAAAAAAGAUCCACAGUGCGGACCGACCGAUUAUGAUAGUAGGGAUUUGAAUAUUUUUAAGUGUGGAUGCAUUUUACCAAAAAGGUAUAAAAAAUUAUUGAACUAGGGGUUUGAAAAAUAUUAGGUGGAGUAUGGAUGGAAUAUUCAAAAUGAGUAUAGAUGAUAUAACGUCUUCGACUCCGAAGUUGUUGAGAGAUUACUUGGAUGUUUUUCAAAAUACACUGUUUAAUAGUAGUAUAAAUUCUAAUAUAAAUUUAACUAGUACUAGUCCUAAUACAAUAGAUAAAGCUACAUUUAAUAAUCAUCCAGAAAUUCAAUAUUUUCAACAAGUAAAGUCAAAAAAUCAUUAUAAUUAUCAUAAAUCAAAGAUUAGUAAACAAAAUCAAUCAAUAGAUAAUAUUCAUGCAAAAAUGACAGUAUUUGACCCAUAUAAUUCUGACUUUUUAUUACAAAGAUUAAAAACUUUUAGUGUAAUGAAUUGGAGAAUUCCUGAAUUAUAUCAUAGACCAUUUGAAGAUAGAAUUAAUGAAUUAAAAUGUGCAAGAAAUGGUUGGAAAUGUGUAUCAUUUUCACUUAAUAAUAAUACCAAGAAUCAUUUAUUAUGUACAUCAUGUAAUCAUCAAUUAAUUCUUAAAUUUAGUGAUAAUUAUAAUGAUAAAAGUCAUAUGGAUUAUCAAUAUGAUAUAAUAAAUGAAGAAUUACUUAAUAAUGCACAAGAAGAUGCAUUAAAUGAAUUAUUACAUGAUAAAUAUUUAACUCAAAUUAUAACUGAAGGUCAUGCAAAGAAUUGUUCAUGGAGAAAUUUUGAAACUCCAUUAAAUGGAGUUUAUUAUCCUCGACCAUAUAUUAAUCAAACAAAUGAAAUAUUAAUUAGAGAUUACCUUAAUAUUUUACAAAAUUUAAUUAAUAAUUCAAUUACUUUAAAUGAAUAUGUUGAUAAUAUAAGUAAUGUUAUUAUAUCAUCCGAUUCUGAAGAUGAACAAUUUAAAAAAUUUAUUAAAACUUCAAAUCAAUGGAUUAUAGCCAGAUUUUUUCAAAAUAAUAAAGAAAAUAUUGCCGUAUUAUUAGAUUUUACUCCUUCUUGGUAUUAUAAAUUAGCUAUGUUAGGUUGGUCACUUAAUGUUCAAACAUUUUCAAAUGAAGUUAUAUUACUUUUAAUAUGUAAUAAAUGUAAUCAAAGAGUAUUUCUUAAUUCAACAACUAAUCCUCAUGCUUCACCAAUUAAACCUCAUGAAGAUUCUUUACAACUUUCAAAUUCAAAAAUAUUAACUCCUUGUAAUUAUCCAAUAACUAGUAGUACUACAAAUCAACAAAGUGAAUUUGAAUUUGAAUAUGAAUAUGAUGUUACAGCAGAAUUUGAUAAAUUUGAUCCUUAUAAAGAACAUAAAUCAUGGUGUUGUAAUAUUCAUAAUAUUGUGGCAUCGGAUAAUUCUAUUCAUAGUAAAUAUUAUGAGUAUUUUAUUGAAAUGCUUAAUAAAUCCACAAGUAAUAUUGGACCUAAUGGAGAAUAUAUAGUGGAACCAAUUGAAAUGAAUAUGAAUAUGAAUAUGAGUAUUGAUGGAUUAGGAAAUGGAAAUGGAAAUGGAAAUGGCGAUACAUUAACAUCAAAGAGGAAAACAAGUUUUGAUAUUAAUGAUGGGUUAGAACGAUUAAAUAAAUUAAGAAAAUUAUAUUUAAUUGAUGAAUAGGUAGUGUUGGAUAUUGGGUAUAAUAAAUGUAUUAUUAAUAGAAAUAUAUAAAAUAUGAGUAAAGUAAAAUAGUAAGAUAAAGU